CGGCAAAUUAAUGAAAAUGGCCGUGCAAGCUCUUCCCGAAAUCAACAAGCUCAGCGUCAGCGAGGAGGGGGCCGCAAACGCCGCCGCCAAAGGGCAGGCUGCGCAAGGGACCGCUGGGAAUGAUGAUGCAGAAAAUGAUGAAUCUGACGAAGACAAAGAGGAUGAACAGGAGGUAGCAGAUGGAGCCGCUGCAGCUGGAGGGAAAAAGAAGAAGAAGAAAACCAAGAAAAAGAAGAAGAAAGGUACCGCAAAGGUCCAGAGCGACCCACCGCGCGUGCCGCUCUCAACUCUCUUCCCCAACAACAACUACCCCGAAGGCGAGAUCGUAGAAUACAAAGAUGAUAAUGCCUAUCGUACGACGAACGAGGAAAAGAGAUAUUUGGACCGCAUGAACAAUGAUUUCCUUACUGACUAUCGCAAGUCGGCCGAAAUUCACAGGCAAGUUCGACAGUAUGCUCAGAAGGAGCUCCUUAAGCCUGGCCGUUCCUUGACCGAAAUCGCGGAGGGUAUUGAGGACAGCGUUCGCGCACUGACAGGCCAUAUGGGCCUUGAAGAAGGGGACAGCUUGGUUGCUGGUAUGGGCUUCCCGACUGGGUUGAAUAUCAACCAUUGCGCUGCCCACUACUCCCCGAAUGCUGGGAACAAGAUGGUUCUUCAAUAUGGCGAUGUUAUGAAGGUGGACUUUGGUGUCCACGUUAACGGUAGAAUUGUCGACAGUGCGUUUACUGUUGCCUUUGAUCCCGUUUACGACAAUUUGUUGAAUGCGGUGAAAGAUGCCACUAAUACUGGUAUCAGGGAAGCGGGCAUUGAUGUGCGAAUGAGCGAUAUUGGCGCUGCUAUUCAGGAGACGAUGGAAAGCUAUGAGGUUGAGAUCAAUGGCACUAUAUACCCAGUGAAAGCCAUUCGCAACCUCAAUGGCCAUACAAUUGGCCAUUAUCUUAUCCACGGUGGAAGCACCGGGAAGAGCGUGCCCAUCGUCAAGGGCGGUGACCAAACAAAGAUGGAAGAAGGUGAGACCUAUGCCAUCGAAACAUUCGGAAGUACCGGGAAGGGAUUUGUGAGAGACGACAUGGAGGUUUCUCAUUACGCCAAGGUCCCCGAUGCGCCUAAUGUUCCUCUUCGUCUGUCUUCGGCCAAGAACCUAUUGAACGUCAUCACGAAAAACUUUGGCACGUUGCCGUUCUGUCGUCGCUAUCUUGACCGACUCGGGCAGGAGAAGUACCUUCUCGGGUUAAAUAAUCUGGUUUCGUCAGGCCUUGUGGAUGCCUAUCCCCCACUUGUAGAUGUGAAGGGUUCAUAUACGGCUCAAUUUGAGCAUACCAUUCUGCUGAGGCCGAACGUUAAGGAGGUUAUCACCCGAGGAGACGAUUACUGAUGCUCUUAGGUAUGCGGUGUGCUCUGGUAAUAGGAGUAGCAUGCCAUAUCGAGGGUUUUCGAGCCAGCAAGUAAUCGAUAUCAAACGCUCCAUUAGCGUAGGCGGUUAUUAUCAUAUCUUAAGAAAGCAGGGCAGUCAAGGUCGAUCAUGCCUCUCUGGAGACAUAGCCUAUAAAUA